AUGGUUACCGCGCGACGCUCUGCCCCGGCCCAGGCGCCGUCGCCAUGCUGGGCCCGGGCGUUAGCGGCGGCAACGGGUGGCGGCUUCCCCCGCUAUGAGAUAAAAUGUCACCACUGUUGCUGGUUUGGGGAACAGAGUGCUACUAUUAUCAUCAUUGCAAUAUUUCUCCAGGUUUUUGGUGAUGGAGGAAAGGAUGUUACACCUCAUCCACUCUUCACUUCAGAUUCAAGUACUGCUGUAGCCAGACAGGGCAAGCUCUCAGCAUCCUGCCCUGGGGCCACAGGAUCCAGUCUUCUCUCUUUCCUUUCCGCAAUUCAGACAUCAAAAGUGAAUGCUACUGUAGGGUCCUUCCCAAGCUCCUAUAAUUCUUCAGAUGUGCAGGUGAGGCAAGAGGAGAUAAAAGAACAACUGACAGAAGAAGACUUAAACAGGAGAGUGGAUGUUUUCCUCACAGAGACAGAAACCCUCUGGAUAUUGGAGAAGCCAUCUGUUGUGUUGUCUGCAGAAUCAGAAGAUGCUGCAAGAAUCCUGGAGAGGAACAGGAUUUAUGCUGAUGUCUGCAAAGCUAGGCCUGGUAACGAUCGCUUCGUAGCUAAAGCCAUGCAGACCCUGGACAAAGCUGCAAAGAACAAGGAAGCCCAGUGUGACAAAAUCAUCCUGGAGGACAAAGGGGUGAUGGUCACCUUGUGGGACUUGUUUGAUUCAUUUCAUGCCCCAGAAAUAGACACUAGGUCAAGAGCAGAAGGCAGCAAAACAUCUUCUACAUCAAUGCUGGAAAGUGCUACUCCUGCCAGAAGCCACAAAGAUGAGAUACACUAUUCAGAAGCUAUCUUGACAUCAGAACACUUCCAGCAGGGUUUGGUUUUCAUGGAGAGGAUUCUAAUGGAGAAUAUUUUCCAGCCCAAACUCGCAGUUUAUCGUCAGUUUCCUGUCUUUAGAGAUCCUGAUGUUACAACAGACACAGCAGCAGCUGUGGAAGAAGCUGACCAGGAAGGGCAUGAUGAGGAAGAGAAGAAUAAGGAAGAGCACAAUGAGGAAAAGAAGGAUAAGGAAGAGGAAGUGCUCACUGACCAAUCAAUUCUGUCAGAUCCAAACAGAGCCUCAGAAGAACUUCAUCCCAACAUGGAAUGGCUGUGGUCAUAUACCUGUGAUUUAAUUAAUGGUUACAGUGUGAGCAGCAUGGCUUGGAGCAAAGAAAACCCAGAUCUUUUAGCUGUUGGUUACAGAACCUUUGAUUUCAAAGAGCAGAAGAGAGGCUUGGCUUGCUGCUGGUCACUGAAGAACCCCAUGUGGCCAGAGCGUAUUUUCUGGUGUGAACAUGGUGUAACUGCUUUGGAUUUCUCUGUGGCCUGCCCACACCUUCUAGCAGUUGGAAUGUACGAUGGGUCUGUGGCAAUCUUCAGUGUAGAGAGCUGUGACACCUCCCCACUUUUGGACAGCAGUGACUCCUCAAAUAGCCAUACAGGUCCUGUGUGGCAGCUGAGGUGGGUGGAACAAGACAGAGGUGUAAAAAGAGGUGGCAAAAAAGAGAGAUUACUCUGUGUGUCAGCAGAUGGCCGAAUCACCGAGUGGUUCCUACAGCCCAGACUGGAUUGCACUGAUGUGAUGAAACUAAAGCAAACAGAAAGAGUGAGGAAAACAUUCCCAGGUGAGAACGAAAGGAAAAGCGAAACUCUGUUAUCACGAGAGGCACCUGGGAUGUGCUUUGACUUCCAUCCAAAGGAUCCCAAUGUUUAUCUUGCUGGGACAGAAGAGGGUCACAUCCACCUGUGUUCUUGUUCCUCUGAUGAGUGGUUUCUAGAGACAUACAGAGGCCAUAAGGCUCCUGUGUACAAAGUCUCUUGGAAUCCCUUCAGCACUGACAUGUUCCUGAGCUGCUCUGCUGACUGGAAGAUUAUUUUGUGGCACCAGGAUUCCCAAGCACCCAUUCUAACUUUCCAUUCCACUGCUGUUUUUGUUCAUGACAUCAUGUGGUCUCCAAAAUCAGAGUUCAUCUUUGCAGCAGCACAUGAAAGCAGAGCAGAAAUUUGGGAUCUUCGUGUCAGCAUCUUGGACCCCACCAUCUCCUGCUUUGCCAGCCCAGAAGUGAUGUUCACCUCAGUGCUCUUCACUAAGAACACUGAUUGCCUCCUGGUAGGAGACAGCAAGGGAGAAGUCAGUGUGUUUGAGCUGCAGAACCUGGCUGUGUCCAGCAGUAGCCAGGUUGGUACCUUACAUGACAUACUUGGUCCUGCUUUAGCUGUUUAA